AUGUGCGCAGAUACCAGUGGUGGCAUUGUUGGAACUGUCUUUGUGGAAGCGUCCAAACUGGAGGCUUUGCGUUCACGACAAGUCAAGGUUCUGUCCGAAUUGGACAAAGAUGACGAUGAUGAUGCCAACAGUAAUGGUCGCUCCUCAGGCGGAAAACGUAACAGUGGCAGCGGUUCGGGGAGACGAUCUACUUCACCCAAACGGUCUUCCAACAGUGCUGGCAUCAACAAAAACCGAUCGACGUCACCCAAGCCAUCUUCUUCUGGCAAUAGUCGUGAAACUGCGUCUACGAGAAAGAGCGAAAGUGGUGGUAGUAGACGAUCCAAAUCACCCAAGCGAUCUUCCGAUACCGGCAAUGCAUCCAAGAGAACGAGUGGCAGCAGCAGGCGACGUUCGACGUCACCAAAGCCUUCAUCUAGUGACGAGGACGAUGUUGAGGGUAGGAGACGCUCCACGGCACACAAGUCGUCGUCAGGCGGCAAGAACGAUAAUGAAUCCACUGCCAAAACGAAUGGCAGUCAGAGACGUUCCACAGCAUCCAAGUCGUCUUCUAGUGGCAACGAUGGUAAUGAAACCACUUCCAGGAAGAGUGGAAGCGGUAGGAGGCGUUCCAAAUCGCCCAAGCCAUCAUCAGGAGACGAACAUGGAGCAUCGUCUAGAAAUAGCCCCAGUAACAGGAGGCGUUCCAAAUCACCCAAGCCAUCCUAA